GCUCCCUCCACCAGCCGCUCUUCCGCCUCCGGCCGGUCCUCCGGCCGGGCUGCAGCUUCCAGCGGGCGCGGCCGGGGCUCAGGCCGCGGUUCCAGCUCGGGCCGGGGCUCCGCUUCAGCCCCGGGAUCAGCGGGCGGACCCCCGGCCUCGGGACCGACCCACAGAAACAACAAGAGCCCGGUCACGGCCACGGCCCCGAAAUCCGGGCACAAGAAACCCAGGAGCCGCCCCCGGGGCCGCAACAACCCGCCCUUCCUCCCCCCUGAGGCUGAAGAGGGGAACAUUGAAUACAAGCUGAAGUUGGUUAAUCCCUCCCAAUAUCGCUUUGAGCACCUGGUCACGCAGAUGAAAUGGCGUCUGCAGGAGGGUCGAGGAGAGGCAGUCUACCAGAUUGGUGUGGAGGACAAUGGUGUGCUGGUUGGGCUGUCUGAUGAUGAACUCCGAGCCUCUCUGAAGACACUGCGCAGGAUGGCAGAAAAGGUUGGAGCAGACAUCACCAUUCUCCGCCAGCGCAAUGUGGAAUAUGACAUGGACUCGCCCAGGCGAAUAGCUGAGGUUUUGAUCAGGAAAGUUCCUGAUGAUCAGCAGUUUCUGGACCUGCGAGUGGCUGUAUUAGGGAACGUGGACUCGGGGAAGUCGACUCUCUUGGGGGUCCUUACGCAGGGGGAGCUGGAUAAUGGGCGAGGCCGCGCACGACUCAACCUCUUCAGACACCUGCACGAGAUCCAGUCCGGCCGGACCUCCAGCAUCAGCUUCGAGAUCCUGGGAUUCAACAGCAAAGGAGAGGUGGUAAAUUACAGUGACUCCCGGACAGCAGAGGUCAUCUGUGAAAGUGCCUCCAAAAUGAUCACCUUCAUUGACCUGGCAGGACACCACAAGUACCUAAAGACCACCAUCUUUGGCCUCACGAGCUACUGCCCGGACUUUGCCAUGCUUGUUGUCAGUGCCAACACUGGCAUAGCUGGCACCACACGUGAACACCUAGGCUUGGCCAUGGCUCUCAAGGUCCCCUUCUUCAUUGUGAUCACUAAAGUUGACUUGUGUACAAAAGCCACCAUCGAUCGCACUGUGAAACAGCUGGAGAUGGUCCUCAAACAGCCAGGAUGUAACAAAGUCCCAUUGCUGGUGUCGAGCAGCGAUGAUGCAGUGACAGGUGCACAGCAGUUUGCACAAUCUCCCAGCAUCACUCCGAUUUUCACCCUGUCCAGUGUGAGUGGGGUAAACCUGGACAUGCUGAAGGUAUUUCUCAAUGUGCUGCCCCCACUGACCAACAGUAAGGAGCAGGAGGAGCUGAUGCAGCAGCUGACAGAGUUUCAGGUUGAUGAAAUCUACUCGGUACCUGAUGUCGGGACAGUCGUUGGUGGCACCUUGUACAGUGGCAUUUGCAGAGAGGGCGAGCAGCUGGUGGUGGGCCCCACUGAUAACGGCCAGUUCCUGCCUCUGAAAGUGUGCAGCAUACAGCGAAACCGGUCUGCCUGUCGAGUGCUGAGAGCGGGACAGGCUGCCACUCUGGCCCUGGGCAACUUCGACAGGGCCCUGCUCCGCAAGGGCAUGGUGAUGGUGAGUCUCGAGAUGCAUCCGACUGUCAGCUCCCUCUUCGAAUCGGAAAUUGUACUGCUUUUCCACGCCAAGACUUUUCGCAAGGGAUUCCAGGUCACGGUGCAUGUUGGCAACGUUCGACAGACAGCCAUCGUGGAGCUGAUCCAUGGCAAGGAGGAUUUGAGGACUGGGGAGAAAGCUGUUGUCCGAUUCCGUUUUAUUAAGCAUCCCGAGUACCUGAAAGUGGGUGCGAAGCUUUUGUUCCGUGAAGGAGUGACGAAAGGGAUCGGCCACGUUACCAAGGUUAUAACUGACCUGAAGUGCUGAAAGCCUGGGCAAUGCAAGAGGAACUGACUGGGGUCAUCUCACAAUGCAGUGUUAUUGAGCCCCGAUACAGGCUUCAUCAGCAAGGACGAUUGGUCAUUGGGACAUUCUGGAUGUCCAGCAGGAUUAUACACCUGCUUAACAACGCUGACUGUGGCAUGACCUCAGCUCAGAGGGAGCCUUCAAUAUCUCCAACCAGAUUAAAUAUCAAAACACCCUUAAUCGUGUGUCCUUGCACGAAGAAUUCUUGCCCUCGCUCUCUCUUAAUCAGGAGAUCUCAAUCUUGCUCAUUCAUCUCAACUGGUCUCUCCUUCAGUGUCUGCAUCUCUUCCCUCUGCUGAUUUGUUGCUUGUGCUGCCUUGAAGGUUGACUUCAAAACAUUCUGAAAGGUUGCAGUCCUCUGCUCCCUCGUGAAGUUCAUCAUGAAGGGCUUUGCAAUAUGAAACCUAGGCAUUUGGCAACCUCUAAUUUAGCACUGAUUGGCACACAGGUCGGGUAGACAUCUCAAAGUUGUCUGUCAAAUAAAAUUGUUAAAGUUGGGCUGUCCCUUUUGAAGGUUGGGGUUAAGUAUACUCCAAUAGUAUAGAGAAAGCUUUGAUCUGUAUCUAACCCUGUGCUGUCCCUGUCCUGGGAGUGUUUGAUGGGGAGAGUUUAGAGGGAGCUUUACUCUGUAUCUAACCCCGUGCUGUACCUGUCCUGGGAGUGUUUGAUGGGGACGGUGUAG